AUGGGUGAGCACCCCAGCCCGGCCCCCGCGGUGGCCGCCUGUGCCGAGGCGGAGCGCAUCGAGGAGCUGGAGCCCGAGCCCGAGCCCGAGCCCGAGCCCGAGGAGCCGCUGCCCAUGGCCCCCGAGGACCACUGGAAAGUCCUGUUUGAUCAGUUUGACCCUGGGAACACCGGCUACAUCAGCACAGGCAAAUUCCGGAGCCUCUUAGAAAGCCAUGGGUCUGAGCUAGACCCACAUAAGAGAGAGGUGCUCUUGGCCCUCGCUGACAGCCAUUCGGACGGACACAUCUGCUAUCAAGAUUUUGUCAAUCUGAUGAGCAACAAACGGUCUAACAGCUUUCGCCAGGCCAUCCUACAAGGUAACCGGCGCCUGUGCAGCAAGGCAUUGCUGGAGGAAAAAGGACUGAGUCUCUCCCAGAGGCUGAUCCGCCAUGUUGCCUAUGAGACCCUACCUCGUGAAAUUGAUCGCAAGUGGUACUAUGACAGCUACACCUGCUGCCCCCCGCCUUGGUUCAUGAUUGCCAUCACUCUCCUGGAGAUCGCCUUUUUUCUCUACAACGGGGUGGCCUUGGACCAGUUUGUGUUGCAGGUCACUCACCCCCACUACCUGAAGAAUGCUUUAGUUUAUCACCCCCAGCUCCGAGCUCAGGCCUGGCGCUACCUGACCUACAUCUUCAUGCAUGCAGGGAUAGAACACCUAGGUCUCAACGUGGUACUGCAACUCCUGGUGGGUGUCCCGUUAGAGAUGGUUCAUGGAGCCGCCCGCAUUGGGUUCGUCUAUGUGGCCGGUGUUGUGGCAGGUUCUUUGGCAGUGUCCGUGGCGGACAUGACUGCGCCAGUCGUUGGCUCCUCUGGAGGGGUCUAUGCACUUGUCUCUGCCCACCUGGCCAACAUUGUGAUGAACUGGUCAGGAAUGGAGUGUCAGUUCAAGCUGCUGAGGAUGGCCGUGGCCUUGAUCUGUAUGAGCAUGGAGUUUGGCAGGGCCGUCUGGCUGCGCUUCCACCCAUCAGCGUACCCCCCAUGCCCACACCCUAGCUUCGUGGCCCACCUGGGUGGUGUGGCAGUGGGCAUCACCCUGGGCGUGGUGGUCUUAAGGAACUAUGAGCAGAGACUCCAGGAUCAGUCGCUGUGGUGGAUCUUCGUGGCCAUAUAUACAGUCUUCGUGUUGUUUGCAGUCUUCUGGAAUGUCUUUGCCUACAGCUUAUUGGACCUCCGGCUGCCCCCUCCUCCAUGAAGAGCCCCCUCGAGAUGCUGCUGAUGGAGAUCAAACUCUUGAGCAUUUUCAUUUUCAUUUAUUCUUCAUCGCCAGCUUGGUUUAGAAAGGGAAGGAAGAAACGCGAUGUUUGGUGGCUCUAUUUUUGUAUAUGGGAAUUGGAAGGGCUGCAAAGGAAAGUGCUAGCCAAAGAUAUUCAUUGAAAGGCCAUUAUAAAGAUGAAGAAGGCAAUGUUAGUUCUUGCCAGAGCAGGCCCAGGGUUGGGAAUUCUGGAUGCAACUGGGGAGCCUGGGCUUGUUCCGGGUGAAUUCAAGUUAACUUCUUACCCCUUCCCUAACCUAAAACUGAACAGUGCCCCCCCCUCCACCAAAAUGUGAUCCUAAGAGAUGAGCAGAGGCCUAGCUCUUGAAAUGACAUAGCUGGCCCAGUGUCUAAUACUGCUAAAACCUGGAGAGGACAGCGGAAUAAGGACACUUCCUCUGUAAAGUAGCUGGACUAGAGCUGAAUGAACAGCCAGUAGGGGAGGUCAUCCAGCCUUCCUACAAUGGAUAGAGCAAUGGACUUGCAGUUGGGAAGACCUGGAUUCUAAUCUAUGUGACCCUGGGCAAGUCAUUUAC